UAAUUUAGCAAAGAAAAGAAAGCCCAGGAGGAUAACUCGGAUAGGGCAGUCCCACUUCCAAAAACCUAACACAUUUUCUACUUUUGGUCAAAGGGGAACGGAUUUCCUGGCAAAUAGGUUUCUCAUGGAAAGGGAAUUCCGGGAAUUUUUUACAUAGCUUUCUUGAUUCAUUGGAAGAGUACUGUAAUAAAAGAUUAGAUCGGAGAUGGAUUCAUCUGAAUAUUCAAGUUCUGUGCCCAAAUCAGAAUCGCAAAAGGGCAUGGCUUUCAGCAAUUCAUAAUCCUCUCUCUGUCUCUGAGUCUAGUAGUUAUCUCUGUUCGUCCACUGGGAGAUGUUGAAGGUGUGGAAAUGGUACCAGAAUUGCUUGGCCGUCCACCCGGUUAAGACACAGGUCAUCAGCUCAGGUGUGAUAUGGGGUUUUGGAGAUAUAGCCGCCCAGACCAUCACUAAUUACACUGCCAAGAAGCAUCAUCAAAUUCAGGAUGAAGACAAAGAAUUGAAAAUCAAUUGGAAACGAGUGGCUACAACCAGCUUGUUUGGGUUUGGUUUUGUUGGGCCAGUUGGCCACUUCUGGUAUGAAGGUUUGGACCGAUUUAUAAGAUUUCGACUCCUAUUACGGCCCAAUUCCUUCCGAUUUGUUGCUACUAAAGUUGCUGUUGAUGGUUUCCUCUUUGGCCCAUUGGAUUUACUUGUUUUUUUCACUUACAUGGGGCUUUCAACUGGAAAGAGUGUCCCUCAAAUAAAGGAAGAUGUGAAGAGGGAUUUUCUCCCGGCCUUGAUUUUGGAAGGAGGCAUAUGGCCAAUUGUUCAAGUUGCAAAUUUCCGAUACAUACCUGUGAGAUAUCAGCUUCUUUAUGUCAACUUCUUCUGCUUGUUGGAUAGUUGUUUUUUGUCAUGGAUUGAGCAACAACAGGAUGCUCCCUGGAAGCAAUGGUUGAAAUCUUAUCUACCUUUGAAGGAACAAAAAGGCCAAGGUGGGUGAUUUCUGGUCAACCUGUUUCAUCUCUCUUCCAGGCCUUGCUCUGAUCAUGAUGGAGAUACAUGUCAAGCAAAGACUUCAUUGAUAGCCCUAAAAUACCAAAUUCUGUUUUUGAAGUUGGGAUGUGGGAAGCGAUGAAACCAUUUUUCUCACAUUGAUCUGUUUUCACUUGGAAUAUGAGGAAAUUGGCAUUGCUUGUUAUUCUAUCAUGUUUAAUCAAUAAAGAUCUUUUUUUUUUUUGGGGGGGGGGGGGGGGGGGGGGACUGUUGGAUGCGAGAGUUUGCUUCUCAUUAUAUUAAAUCGGAUCUGAUGGGUUUUGUUGUUUCUUAUACUUCAUUGAAAUACUCUCUUACAAAAUUUAUAAGACACUAGAUUAUGACUUGGUCCUUUGUUGAA